UUGUAGAACUGGAAUUGUAAAACGUCAAAUCCCAUAUAUAAAAAAAACUAUUCACUCGACCGUAGAUAUUUCAACUGCUAUAUGUACAUGUAUGAAAAUUAUUAAAUACAUCGUUGCUGUCACCUUAUUUAAUUCGUACUGCAUGCCGCCUUUUUUUGUUGUUUUGUAUCUGUUUACUUUUUGUUAUUUGUUAUUUUUACUGAAUUUAAGGAAACCUACUAGUUAAAAAAAAUGUCUAUAUUCGGAGAUGAUGGGGUUGACGACUUGUUAAAUGGCAAUUUUCACAAUGAUGGAGAUCAACUGCCCGAUGAUAACGACGAGAAUGAACAAUUAUUUGGCGAUAAUGAGCCCGGAGAGGGUGAAAACGAAAACCAAGAAGGCGCAACUGCUGUGCCUGUAAAGGUUCAGCCUAAAAAACGAAAUGUCCUUAAUCCAAGACCACGUCUAAACGUAGAGGUGCUACGCGGUCCGAGGGGUUUGCAUACGAUUGAGGAUUAUUUCAAAGAUAUAAAAUUUAAAGGUAAGGGCCGCGAGAAAGAGGAUCUAGAUGAAGUUAUGCGUCGGCUACAACAUUGGGGUCAUAGAAUGUAUCCCACAUAUAAGUUUGAUGAUGUGCUGGCAAAUAUUGAACGCUUGGGUAAAAAGAAGCCACUGCAGGUUCACAUGUCUCGCUAUCGUCUAGGUAUGUUGGAAAGUAUGAAAAAUCACGGCGAAGUCAAUGAUGCAGAUGAAGAUGAUGAGCAACCGGCAGCAACGGCUGAUGAACCAUAUGAUGAAUUUGAUGCCUUACUAGAUGAACAAAUUGCUAUAUCCAAAGUAGAUCCACGCACUCCAGGGCCAAGUACUUCAAGAUAUUCUGCCGGUGCUAUGGGUUCAACUACAAAUGCCUCUAUAGCUAGCAGUAGUUUUGCUACACCUUCCUUCUCUCGAGGCAAUGCAGUUGUGUCAACACCAUAUACGGUUCAAGGUAAUUUUAACGAUAACAGUGACUUGGCCACUCCAUUACCACCGAGUCAACCCACUACGCCUGCCGCCAAGCAACUAAGUGCCGAACAAAUGGCUCGCAUUGCAGAGAAUAGAAGAUUAGCCCAAGAACGUUUAGCAGCCAAGAAGCGGCAACAGCAGGAGGCCGCGCAAAAAUCCGCAGAAAUUGUUCAAACAUAAAUUUUCAAAAUAAUACUAUGUAUUCGAUAAUUAAGUCCCUUUUUUGUAUUGUUAGUAAAAGUGAUUUUAAAAGAAAAAAUCUUUAAUAUAUAUUGGUGUAUUUAGUUUAUCAAUGACGAGCGAAGGAGUAUACGAGUACGCCCUCUUUAGAUGUAAAAUCUUAUUAAAAUUUGAUCAAUCGAAAUUUCCCCCACUGUACAUCGUUUGAUAGUAGGAAGGCGUAUGAAUAAUAUUUCCAAUAAUUAAUAUUACACAUACGCUAUGGAAAUAGUAACAGAAAAAUAUUGUUCAAUAAAAAAAAUUUUGCAUUUAUUUAUUUAAUUUAAAACUUGUUGAUAAACUUAAAACUAGUACUAAUUUACUGCUAUACACUCCUAUCUAUGACAAUUUCAACUUAUUAAUAUUUUGAACUGUUUCAC